UCAUCUGGUUGUCAACCAACACGUGCAGGCGGCAGCCAUAUUGRAUUUUACCGGUGAAAUUUCGACCCUAAAAACCUUAGAAAAAACAUAUUAAAUCCUAACAAAGAUGUCCGUAAUUGUUCUUAAUCAGAACACUAAAAGAGAGUCAGGAAGAAAAGUUCAGCUUUCUAAUGUUCAAGCAGCAAAGACUAUAGCAGAUGUCAUUAGAACAUGCCUUGGUCCAAGGGCAAUGCUUAAGAUGUUGAUGGAUCCCAUGGGUGGUGUGGUGAUGACAAAUGAUGGUAAUGCUAUCCUAAGAGAGAUUCAAGUACAACACCCUGCUGCUAAAUCAAUGAUAGAGAUAAGCAGAACCCAAGAUGAAGAAGUUGGUGAUGGUACUACCUCUGUCAUUAUACUCGCUGGAGAGUUCAUGUCUUUUGCUGAACCUUUCCUUGAACAACAGAUGCACCCUACACAGAUUAUAACAGCAUAUCGCCUAGCAAUGGAUGACCUUGUUGAUAUUCUUAAAAACCAAGUCAGUGUACCUGUAGAUGUUGGAGACAGAGAAGAAAUGUUAAAAAUUAUUAGGAGUUCAGUGGGUACGAAAUUUAUCAAUAAAUGGGGUGACUUGGCGUGCAACAUAGCUCUAGAUGCUGUCAAUACAGUUGCUCUCGAUAGAGGAGGCAGAAAAGAGAUUGAUAUUAAGAACUAUGCCAAAGUAGAAAAGGUACCUGGUGGUGAUAUAGAAGAUUCAAGAGUACUCUCUGGCGUUAUGAUCAACAAGGAUGUAACCCAUGGCAGAAUGAAAAGACGCAUUGARAACCCUAGAAUUGUGCUUUUGGACUGUAACCUUGAGUACAAGAAGGGAGAAAGCCAGACAAGUCUAGAAAUCUCUGGUGAAACAGACUUCAACCGAAUUCUAGAGCUUGAAGAGGAGUACAUCAAGAAGCUGUGUGAUGACAUCAUUGCUGUUAAGCCUGACCUUGUGAUUACAGAAAAAGGCAUUUCAGAUCUUGCUCAGCAUUUUCUGAUGAAGGCAAACAUAUCAGCUAUCCGUAGAGUCAGGAAAACUGAUAACAACAGGAUUGCACGUGCCACUGGUGCUACUAUUCUUAAUAGAACUGAUGAGCUUAAAGAAGAAGAUGUUGGAACUGGUGCUGGUCUCUUUGAGAUUAAUAAAUUUGGAGAUGAAUAUUUCACUUUUAUUACUGAAUGCAAGAACCCCAAAGCCUGUACUAUUUUACUUAGAGGAGCAAGUAAAGAUAUCUUGAAUGAGGUCGAGAGAAACCUUCAAGAUGCUAUGAACGUUGCUCGCAAUGUGAUCCAAGAUCCAAGGCUUGUCCCUGGAGGUGGUGCUUGUGAAAUGGCUUUAGCUCAUGCAUUAAUCGAGAAGUCCAAGUCCGUAGCUGGAAUCCAGCAAUGGCCAUACCGUGCUGUGGGUAAAGCACUAGAAGUAAUUCCCAGAACUCUUAUACAAAACUGUGGAGCUAACACUAUCAGAACCCUCACAGCACUUAGGGCCAAGCAUGCAACUCCAGGGAAUACCACAUGGGGUGUUAAUGGAGAAACUGGUGAAAUAGUGGACAUGACUGAGCUAGGAGUCUGGGAUACUUACUCUGUUAAGGCCCAAACAUUUAAAACUGCUCUGGAGACUGCCAUGUUGUUGCUUCGUAUUGAUGACAUUGUCUCAGGAACCAAGAAGGCUUCCGGUAGAGAGGGUUCAGAAUCUGGUGCKGCUCCUACUGCAGAAUAAUAACAUAUUUGCUUGAAUGAUGCACGAGAGCUUCACUCACAUAACAUGUCUAAUAUUGAUGUGAGAGCACCUGCUAGCAAUGUGCUCUGCCACAAAAUCGUUUCACCUUGAGCAUUGAAUUGCAGGGCUUGAAAUAAUCGUUGGUAAGCUGCCAGUCAUGAUGGCCGGCCAAAUUAGUUUUAGCUCAGUCAUACCUUGUUUAUUGCUUAACAUUACUGGUCAAAAAGACUGGCAAUGCAAAGAUCUAAUUCUGGGUUGACAUUGUCCGACAUCAAGCCAUUAUUUUAAGCCCUGGAAUUGUGUUCUCAAAUUUGAAAAAGUAGUGUGCAUUUCAGGUAURAAAUGUAAAAAACAUUUGUAAGAAAUGAGUGCUAGAUUUGCUUUGGCUGCUUGACUUUGUUUUAUGAUAUAUUCAUCGUUCAAUCAAAGUCUAAGCCAUCACCAAUAAACUAAUUACAACAGAAAA